AUGGCACGUCAAUUGUUCAAACAGUGGGAAUCCUCCUCGGAGUAUAGGAUCAGAGUGGGCAAGUUAUUGAAGCAGUUCUUCAAAGAGACCGAUGGCGGACAUAUUUUGGGAAAUAACACACCUCCAAAAAAUUUUGUUCCUGAAGAGCUUGUUGAAGUGAAAGAUCAGGAGCAGGCUACUGUAGAGCAUUUGAAAGGGAAGAGUCUGCUGCCUAAUUUGUCACCUGCUCUGCUGGGCGGAAUUCAAACGGAUUCCAAGGAAAGAUUCAAAAUGAGUUCUGAUCUAAAGGCUGAACUUCUGAGGCAUUUGGACAAUAAUUCUCUGCUUCUCUCUGGGAAUAAGACUAAAUUACGAUGGCAAUAUCAUGAACUUGGAAGAGCUCUGUGCCAGAGGUACCCAAAACUUCAAUGGGAUGAAAAAGAAGGACUCACACAGAAGUAUCCCUGGAUAUGCUAUCCUAUCAUGACUUUUUACCGGAAACUGUAUAACUUUUUCAUUUCACGCCUUGCUGCAAGGCGCAGGAGGGCCCGCUUCAGAGAGAGGCAUCCUGCACAGAAGCAAAGAAUGAAGAAUACCUUGGAUGGAAGCAGUUUAAGUGUCACAAUGAUGCAUGGAGUAAACAUGCUGAUGGAAGUGACAUUCCCAAAGAGGAGGAAAGAAGAAGCUCUCCUAUAUACUAUUAACCCCAACUAUCUCCUAGUGGAGGAAACUAUUACCUGUGAAGUGUCAAGGGUAAUGGGCCGGAGUGUGCAUGGCAUGGAGGAGAAAAUCACAUGUAUGCUGGACAGAUACAGGAUAGAAAUGCCUACAGCACAGCUUGCAACUGUGGAAAAGUAUUUGCGAAGCAAAGGUGCAACUGAGGAGGUGAUCACUAUGACCUGCACCAUUGAGAGAGCAGUUGCCAUUCUCGUGGGUGCAUACUACUUAAAAGACUUGCAAUACCCAAGUGCUUUUGCACAAUUCCUUGGACUUAUUCAAUCUGUCCUGAAGGAAGAUCUCCAUGUCCCGAAAUACCUGAUGAAUGUCAGGUUAAAGCUUCUGAUGAAAACUCUUGUGAUUUGA